AUGGGAGCCACUCGGAAGCCACGAGAAUAUGAUAUCGAUCAACCGAGUCAUACCGAAGAAUUGUCCAAUUGGAUACUCAGGGUUCGCUCUAAGAAAAUAAAUUGCCGUCGAAACCGCAGACGCAACCUGAGGAUGGAAGCUGUCCUUACGUACACCCUUUCUAAGGCUGAGCGAGAGCUGCGCAACAAGCAGAUGUUGAGAUUCAAGAGAUGGCAGCAGGUUAAAGACAAACUCACCAUAAGUCAAAGACACUGCCAAAAUGAGGAGGAGUUCUCCGAAUCUAGCUACGACGAGCGAGAGGGGAAUGUCUGGGAGGCGCCGCUGUGCUCGGAAUUGAGCAGCUUGGACAGUUUUAUGUUGAUGCUGAAGGAAAUCAAGGCUCCCUUGCAAAGAUGA